ACGUAUAUAAUGUCUAUGGUUCUGAUGUUCUCCAGUAGAUGUCGCUCUUGAAGUGUUGGAGGAAAGCGUCAUCGUCUCCUAGCAGCGGCAUGUGGAGAGCGAGACGUCUAGGACGCAGAAACUUCCUAACGGACAGAGCAAAUGGGUCUUUUUGACAAGCUUGCGGGUUUGCUGGGUCUGAAAAAGAAAGAAGUAAAUGUAUUGUGUUUGGGUCUGGACAACAGUGGGAAAACUACCAUAAUCAACCAACUAAAACCCACUAGUGUAUGCCAUGUUCCUGUUUACCAAAGUAAUACUUUGAAGCUCUGUUGUAAGACGGUGAUCUUUCAAUAUUGUUUUACCUCCUUGCAGGCUCAGGCUCAAGACAUUGUUCCAACCAUUGGAUUCAGCAUAGAAAAGUUUAAAACCUCAAGUCUUUCAUUCACAGUCUUUGACAUGUCGGGGCAGGGGAGGUACAGAAAUUUGUGGGAACACUAUUACAAGGAGGGUCAUGCCAUUAUAUUUGUAAUUGACAGCGGAGAUAAACUAAGAAUGGUGGUGGCAAAGGAGGAAUUGGAUACGCUUUUGAAUCAUCCUGACAUUAAGCACAGGAGGCUACCCAUACUCUUCUUCGCCAACAAGAUGGACCUCAGAGAUGCAUUAUCUGCUGUAAAGGUUUCCCAACUGUUGUGUCUGGAAAAUAUUAGGGACAAACCCUGGCAUAUCUGUGGCAGUGAUGCAGUAAAGGGGGAUGGCUUGCAGGAGGGCGUAGACUGGCUACAAGGGUUGUGGUGAAUGCAAUUAUGAAAAUCAUGUCUACAGACCUGCAAACUUGUCGCUUUUCGGCGACAAUCGCCGUUUUCUUGGUCAAUUGGGUCAUUCACGUGAAUCGCGUAGAACUGGAGAGUUUUUUUUUUUGAGGUGGUGGGGGUGUCGGGAGGCUGCCCUUUAUCUGAAUGCCAUGCGGGCUAGAAUUGCCAAACAUUAUUGGAUCAUUCUUAUAAUUGACAUUUCUCUGGGCCAAUCGGACACUGUCACCUUUUUUACUCUGAGGAGUUUGCAGGUCUGAUGUCUAGCAGCUAUUGUGAUAAAGAUGUCAAACACUUACCAGUUUAGCGAGUUAUGUUUUACAAUUUAUAGUCACCUUAUUUUCUGCCGAAGUAAGCAGUCUGUGUAGAUUGAGCAUGCAUACUCAUAGUACUUUUUCAAUCGGAUGCAAAAAAUCUGAAGAAGUGUGCUGAAGUUUACGUCUUAUGGUGCUUUUUCAUUGCAUAGUACCCCACAGGUAAGGUCAGGUAAGCUCACCUUACUUUGGCUUGGUUAGCUUUUCCAUUGAGUUUAGUAACACUUCAGAGAGGGAGGGAUUAUAGGCGUGUCGUUAUAUUUGCACCACCUACUGCUGUGACAUCAUACAAAAGGUGGGAGCGAGCAUUGUUGGAAUGCAGUGUUUCCCAUACAUUAAUUUAUUUGUCAAUCUGUCACAAAAUCAAAUUUGACCAUCACAAAUAGAAGUGUGCACAUUGCUUUUGUCAAUAUACCUCUGUCUUGCAUGACAGUUUUUGUACAAACACCUGUGGCGUCAGUUGAUGUGCUUUGCUAAGUUGCAAAAUGCCACGAAGAUGUGCCACCACAGGUACGAUGUUCCUGAUUCUCAGCCUGUGGAUGGUUUUUACUGCUUAAAGGGAGUUUGGGAACUUAAAACAAAGCACAGAUGACAAUAGAUUUACUUGAGACACCGCAAACACGAAUGUACUACGCAAUGGAAAAGCGCCAUUAUAUUCACUCUGUUAUUUACGUAUUACAGGCCAGGCAACAGCAACACACAUUAUUAAGGUAAUGGGAUCACAUGUUGUACAUUCUGCAGUGUCUUUCAUGACAUUACAUAACACAAUAAAAUAGCAUUGUGCCUUUCGAAAAGUGCGUUUUCUUUGCCUAUAAAGAAACACUCAACUUUUUUGAAAAUAUGCUCAUUUUCCAGCUCCCCUACAGUACAGUUAAACAUUUGAUUUUUACCAUUUUGGAAUCCAUUCAGCUGAUCUCCAGGUCUGGCGGUACCACAUUUAACAUAGCUUAGCAAAGAGUUUUGAUACUACUUUUAAAACUUGACUCUUCUGUAGUUACAUCGUGUACUAAGACUGGCGGAAAAUUAAAAGUUGCGAUUUUCUAGGCCAAUAUGGCUAGGAAUAUACUCUUAUUCUGGCGUAAUAAUCACGGAAUUUGCUGCUGUAACAUGGCUGCAGCAGGCGCAAUGAUAUUACACAGCGCCUGAAAAAAGUCCCCUGCUAUUGAAAGUAACCAAGGGCCAAGGGACUAUUUUCGGGCAGUGCGUAAAAUCACUACGCCUGCUGCACUGUCCUGUUUCAGAUUGACUUUAAAGAUCCACGAUGUAGGCUUCGGUUAAUGCAGCCAUUCAGUCACUCAUCCGCGGAAGAACAUGAUAGUGAUAGUGAGUCCUAGACAAAGCCGCCCACUCCUGCAUGGGUCCUGUGAAUAAACCACUAACGUUACUCUGAGUGACUCAGUGAUAACAAGAGUCAUAACACACAACUGUUUGUGUGUCCAUGUGCCCGUCGGACUGCUGCAGCAGUCCUCGUAUUUUAAACAUUUGCAGUAGCCUUCUACCCAAAAUAUUGUGCCAGUCAAAUAUUGCAACAAAUCAGCCUACAUGAAUCAGUGGGUUAAUAGCACGAGCAAGGCUUGUGUCUCGUAGUCCAGGAAGCUCUGUAUUUGUAAGUCACUCUCUGUGUGAAUUCCAGAGUCACCGACUGACUCAGUGUCGCGUGCACGCAUCCCUUUGUACUGGGAGCUGCAGGAAAUUGUCCUAUGAUCCGGAAUAGCAGACUGUGGCUCACUCGGUUCCCUCAGUCGACAUUUGGUGAUGUAAAUUAACUUGUUGUUGCAAGUUAUAGAACUUAUGGCAGCCUUUGUAAAGUUAUUUGUUGUAAUUCUGUUGUAAACAAUUCGAGAGCUUUGUGUUACGAUUUCUAAUUUUCAAUGCAAAAUCUGGGAGGACUCAACUGACUCGGGUUAAUGGUCACUAAGGACUCAUGGUCAGAGUUGGGUAUAACGCGUUACUAUGUAACGCAUUACUGUACUCUAAUUACUUUUCCUGAUAACGCAGUAACGUAACGCUUUACAUUUUAAAUGUAUGUAAUUUGAUUACAGUUACCAAUGACAACAAAAUUACGUUACUAGCGUUACAAAUUAAGUGUUGAAAAAUUAAUUAAAAUGUAUUUUAAAAUGACGUUUUUGCCGUUGCUCAGCAACGUCUGUUAACGAGCAUGCUCGCAGAGUCUGUUAACGAGCAUGCGCGCAGCGUCAGUUAACGAGCAUGUGCAUAAUCACUCGUCGGAGCACACUGUGUGAGCGGUGGCUGAUCAUUCAAGUGGAAUACAGACAAUACAUGUCCAAAAAAGUGGGCUUUGCGCGAUGACAUCUGGUCUGCCAGAAGCGAUUGUACAGGUGUGUUUUUAAAUUACUAAUGUACAAUAAGGUUUUCUUUGUUUAACUAUGUUAUUUAAUCAUGAGCUCAAUGCGUGAACUUGCAUUAAUUAAUCAUAUGUUUAUUUAAACAAUUACCAAAACAACUUUUGAUUGUUAUAUUUAACGAACUAACAUGAAUAUUAACAUUCUUUAACUUUACUUGACCAAAAAGCCCUCGCGAAUGCGUUGACGUGUUAAAACUCUAGUUUCUGUCUCCGCGACCGCGAAUGAAUGUGCAUAGAUAGAUAGAUGGAUGUUAAUAAAUGUAGAAUGUUUAAUGAGAAAUGUUAAACAUGUGUAACUUAUUAUAAAAUCUACAAAUAUUUCUGCAUCAUAAUGACCAGCAAUUUUAGGAGAGUGCAAAUCACACCAAAAUAGCUUUAAGCAUUCAAAUAUGACCUUCGGUGUCUCGUCUCUUGUCUCCGCCCCCUUCUUCUCCCUGUUAAUAGUUUAAUCAUUAGUUCAUUACCCUCACUUGUUUUCCCCUUAUCCUGUUUAGUUUUUCAUAUUUAAUGCCAUUGUGUUCUUAGUCCUGUGCUCGUUCAUUUUGUACUGUUACUGUGUGAUUCUGUCUAUUGUUAGAAUCAUAGUCAAGUCUAGUUUAAGUCAUCUGUCAGUAUUCCGUGUUUGUUCUGCCCCCACGUGGGCUCUUGUUUUGUCUGUGUUAUAAUAAAGUGUUUUCAGUUCACCCCCGUCAUCGCCUGCGUUUGGGUUCAUCCGUCCUUGUUUCUGACAGUUUCACUUUGUAGCUUUUUUACAUUUGAUGUUGUCAAAGUAACUUAAAAGUAAAGUAAUUAGUAAUUAGAUUACUUUUUGCAUGUAGUAAUCAGUAAUGUAAUCAAAUUACAUUUUUAAAGUAGUAAUUAGUAAUUUGUAGUGGAUUACUUUUUUUAAGCAACUUACCCAACACUGCUCAUGGUUCCCGAGUCAUUUUAGGGAUCGGGUUAAAUGAUCAGAGUUUUUAGUGACUCGCUCAUCACUAAUACAGUCACACUCUGCAUAUUAGUGCUGUGUUCAAAAUAUCGAUAUCGAGACAAAUUAGUUGAUCUGUAUGGAAAGGAAACAUGUGGUCUGCGGAGUACAUAGAGUAAGAGGUAGCAAAGUAUACUUGACUUUCUGUGUUUGUCUCACGCGCGGUCUGCACACAUUACGUACUCUCUCUCUUUCUCUCUCAAUGAGUUCAGUAUAAAAGCAUAGAUAUCCUAAACUGCUGCAAAGUCAUGAAGUUAAAGUAGCUUUUCACAAAAAAGGCUGAACGUCGUCUCGUAAGCAAUCCAUAAAGCUAUUGCGUGCAUUUUUAAAAUCAGUGAAUUUUAAUAGAAUUAAAAGUAAAUUAAGUGCGGGCUGCUCUCUCAUACAGUCACGUAUUUGGGAAGAAAUAUGAAAAAGAGCUGCAAGUGUAAAGUCUAGGUAGGAGAAGAGAUAUGGCUACUUCAAACUAUAGCUGUCAUAUUCUAUUGAAGAAAAGGAUUUAUUCUGAAUACAUGUUUAUACAUAUAUUCAUAAACAGCCUAUAGAAGAAUUAAAAGAGAGAAUAUAUACCUAGAGUUAGGCACUAUCUUUGUAAAACUGCUUUAAAACAACAUGAGUUAAGUACUGUAGCUCCAAGAUUUAUGUCUUUUUGCAAGAUCCCCCAAAAGCUAAUAAAUGAAUAGCAAAAUCACAACUGUUAUAACACUGCUUAUUCAACCUGCUAAAAAACAUAGACCAUAAUAAUUACCAUGCUGGUUUGGUGCUGGUUUAGCUGGUGGUCACCAAAAUGUAACAGUACGACAGCAACGGUUAGGCCGAGCCCAACGUGAGCAGUAGCAAGCAUACAUGCGCCCAGCAUCUGCUGGCAUUAACAUAUCAUGCACGAUGGCCAAGAUUGCUAGCGUGAAAGAACGAGGAUGAAGCAAUUGUGUUACAAAUCCAACGUGAUAGGCUUUGCUGUAUAAGCCUUAUUCAGCCUGCCACCAUGUUGAUUUUAAAGCGAAGGAUAGACGUCCAGACUGUGUGAUUUAAGCGUAUUCUUUUGUACCGGGAUGCUGGUCAUUCAGCCAUCAAAACACAGAAAAUACAUAAUUUUACAAAUUUCCACAAGACAAAGAACCUCAGAAAUCAUGGCUGCCCACAUCCCAUAAAGAGUUGCUCUUACAGUAAUGUCAGAGCAGAGUGCUCAGAUAAACGUAUAACACCCAUACAUGGUACAGCUCACAUCAGCUAGAUGGGAAGAAUGCAACUGCCUAUACUUUAACUGCGCUGAGGGUGGUUUAGGGACAUAAUUUCUUAAGGGCAUAUACAGCCCGUGACGCCACUAUAAUAGGCGAGUAUUUCGGCCGCUUUCUCACUUAAAGGUGACCAAGAAUGUUAAACUGUAUUUACCUCAUCAUAGCUGAAUUAUUAGAGCUCUGUAUAUGGUAAUGACAUACCGUGAUCCUCAAAUAGUAAUGUUUCCUCAUUCUUAUGUAAAUCUUGUAUUUCAAAAGUCCACCGAAAAACAGGCCAAUCUCAACACAACAUAGACAGUGACUUAACAGUCAAGAUGUACGCCCCCAAAAUUUCUAUAUACACUGUAAAAAAAAUCCGUAGAAAUUGCAGCUGAGUUG